ACAGUUAAUUAGGAUAUCAAGUAUUGACAUGGCGCAAGGCCAAAAUCGGACCACUUCAUCCAAAAUUUGAACCAACAAAGAGGAAGCCGUUUUCGUUGUCUAUUGUAUUCUUGAACCUCGUCAAUAUUCUUGUUGGCCUCGUUGUACCAUCAAAACAAGGGAUGACAACCACUGUUUUCAACUCUGGAAUGUGACCUAGCCAGGUGCUGCCUGUACGCAUUGUCCGAGCUGUCCCAGGUAAACCAUGGGGUCUCAAUACGGAAACGGCCAGUUGUCCCUCAAGAAUCUCGGAAUGUCUCAAUUGAUGUUAAUUGCUCUUUGUUGGGUUCUUAUAUGAGCACACUUAGGACUUGAUGCCAUCCGACGAUUAACAGGCUGUUCAUCUUUGCUAAGCAUCAUUCAUCUUGGACUGCUUCCUUUAAGCGUCUGAUUGUUGAAUUAAAGUCCCAGAAAUGGAUGGAGCCAGUGCCAGACUUCAAUGCGAGUUUAAUGCAAGUCCCUGUGCAGCCACUGCGAGGUCUACCACACACAAUGCUGCUAUGGAAAAUGCGAUUUUUCUCCGGUGGUUGCAAGAAAAACGCGAAGAUGCCUUGAGUGAUUGGCGUCGACUUCGCAGACGGGUUCUCAAUGAGCACCUCAACUCGGACAGGGUAGAAAAGGAAAUGAGUUUCUUCAAAUCGAAAUAUGGGCGGUACUACGAGCAAAUUAACAUACACCAAGCACCUCACGUACAGGCACCUUGGGCAGCGGAGAAGAAUACAACCGAACUUCCAAAAGACGAGCAGAGGGAUGGACGUGACAACAUUUGUUCCCAGUCUCAUUGCCGACAGCGCGUACCGCAAUCCGGCUCAUUCCUGGACAGCAGCCAUCCUCAAUGUGGUGUCUGCGGUGCAAAUAUUGAUGUGGUGCGAUACAACCAGUGUGUCGCGGAAGGGGACACUAUCGUACAUUGCAAUGCCUGCAACUAUGACAUCUGCUUUAAAUGUGGGCGGGCUCAGUGCGAAAGAGUCUGCAAGGCGUACGAUAGAACCGUAGGACUCCCUCCAUCUGACAGAUUAGUGCAAGCAACUGUUUUCAAUUGCUGGAGUUGCGGGACAGACCAAGAAGCCACGCGACGUAUGAAAAACGGUAGCGCUCAACAGAAGGGGAAAAAGCUGCACGCUUUCAGAUGCGGUGAAUGCACAACAAAGAUCUGUGUGGAUUGCGCAAAACCUGUUACAUAUCCGUUCGACCCUGACUAUGGCUUCUUCCCUAACUUAUGGUAUAAGUUCUACGAUAAUAUCUGGGAUCCGCCCGAUGCUUAUGGAGGCUUUGAGAAAUACCUUCGGAGGGAGCAUCGUCUUGGUAUUUCUAAAUUCGACGUCGAAGAUCUAUACACACCCGGGUUCCAUGUCGAUCCAGAUGAUGAGGAUACUACACUGUACAGCUAUGUCGCUCCUAAGAAGGACAAAAACCAAGAAGGCACCAGCAGCUCCACGCCUGCAGGCGCCCAGGGCCACACUCCGGGGCCACGAUCCCCGACUCCAGGUGCCCAUGGUUGUACAGUCAAUGCAGAUAAGGAAACCGAUCCUGGUGUGGCUCGGCGCAUCAAGCGAGCCAAUGUUCGCAUUGGGCGGGAAUGUAGAGUUCGUCGCGUUGACUUUGGUCACUCAACACCACCCCCUCAAGGAUACGAUGAUGGCUGGUUUUCUCAGAACAACCUGGUGCUAUAUGAAUUAUCUUGUAAAUGGUCCGAGACUUACUUCGCGAAGAGGAACCUACCAGAGAGCUAUAACGAUAGAACCUGGUUUACGAGAUUAAACGCACAGUUUAUCCAGUAUGCCAACCUAGUUGCGCAUGAAGACAUCUUUUUCGGCCCCAAGUUCAAUGACAAAGUUGAUGGCUGGGAACAUAUUAUUCGAGACAGAAAGAACCGAAAGUGGUUGAUUGUGGGUAUGUUGGCGCAGAUCAUCGAGAAGAAGAUCUAUGUUGAACUCCUGUUUGGCGCCACUGCAAAAGAGGAAAAGCACCUGAAUCAACAAGACAACGACUACAUUGUUAACGAUGGCUACCAGCGCGCAGCAGCCCGCUCCCACGAGAUCAAUAUGGUUAUGGGUGGAAAGGCAGUGCCUGACCUAUUCUGGGAGAAGGUAGACUCUCUGACCGCGUACACUGCCAACAUCCUUCAGGAACUAUUUGCAUUGACGAACAUCAUGGAUGAAGGCAACGAUCUUACUAAGUAUGAGAAAUUGAAGUUGAAAAGAAACAACGAUAUAGCCUUCAUGUAUGCAGAGCUACACUUCAUCAUCGCCCACGCAGCCUACUUCCAUGUCUGUAUGCGUCGCUCCUCGUCGAUCUUCCACUUCUUAUCAGCAACACCUGCGGCCCGAAUGGACUAUCCCAUUGAAGGCCAGGCUUGUUACGAAUUAUACAAGCUCUCCAAAGAGGAGGCUGAGAGAAGAGAGAAGGUAGAGUCGGUAAAGACCAAGGCGGAGCUCACUGAGCUUAGUAGCCAACCUGAGUACACAGAGAAGGAGCAAAGUAUCAGGAAGCUGAAGUUACACCACAGAUUCGAAGCACACCAUCGGCUUCGUGGUGCAAAGGUCAAGUUUGCUGUUUGGCCUAUGAUCACGCGAUACAGGCCCGAGAAUAUCGGUCAACCAAUUGUGCGACCUACUCGUGGCCUACGUUUUGAUGAUAAUGAUGUUCCGAGUCAGGACGAGAUCGAGAGUGGUGAAGGUCAGCGCAUUGUCGAGAUUGGUAAAUGCCUUGUAGUCUACUACCAAGGGAUCAUAUAUCCGAAAGAUAAGUCAACCACCAGCGAAAAUUUCGAGGCUGAUGGCAGUCCUUUGCUCUAUUAUUUGAGUACGGAGAAACCGGCACAGACCACUGAGGCGUGGAAGCGGACUGGCAGCCGCAAGUUUUUGUUCAGAUUGGUCGCCGCUGGCGCAAUAUUUCUCACGUAUUUACUGCGCACUUGGAUCUUGGGACACUGGAACGCCUUGCUCACGAUAGUUCUUGCUGCCAGUAUUGCCAUCAUCUACCAUAUCUUCUUCCGCACACUCUUCGGUGGCGCCUUGGAAGCUGGAAUGCUGAGUAUUGUCCUCAUCUUCGCCACCUUACUGGGAGACACUGGUAUCUCCAUAUGGCUAUACCAAUGGAUUGGUGCUUUCUUGUCAAAUCUUGGCUGGAAAUAUACAGUGCUGCUGGAGAUUGGAACCGCGCUCCUCGCGGUAGCUGCCAGAAACUUCGAUCCGCGAUUGAGAGAUACGUGGAACACCAUCUUCGGAAUUACCACAGUUCUUUGCCUGGGUACACUUUUCUACAACAACGCGUUAAUGGGACAGGCGUAUGUCAAUGCCAUCGGCCGAUGGAUCAUGAGUAGUCUGAGCUUGGGCAUGGAUCACCUAAUUGAGAUGAAGGAUAGACUUUCCCUUACCCAACCUGGGGUUGUGAUUUCGCUCGGGAGACAAGAUCCGUCAAGAUAUCUGACAGGAAAGGUAGUUAUUUCAUAA